AUGAGUGGUAUUUCACAGGCGUACUCUGUUUUCUGCACAGAGCACAAACUGCAAACAAAUCCAUACAUAUUAGACGUUUUACAAGAGACGGAAGGAAGAAUUGGAAAUCUAACCAUUAAAUUGACGGGAAACGACCGCCUAAAACGGGUUCAGAAAUUGACUGACGAUGACGCCCUGGCUCUUUCAAGAGCUCUCCGAAACAACCAGUCAGUGACAGGUCUGGAUGUCCGAUACAACAGCCUCACAGAUGAAGGUGCAAGGCAUCUUGCUGACCUCCUACAGGAGAAUGCAGCCCUGCGAUGCCUGGACUUGAUGUGUAAUGACAUACAAGAGGACGGGGCUCAGCUCAUUGCCAAGAGUCUGCUGCACAAUGGUGCGCUGGUGUCCUUGAGGCUGACUGGUAAUAAGAUAGGGAACAAAGGAGCCAUGCACCUAGCCAGCAUGCUGCAGGUCAACACGACCCUACAAGAGCUGGACAUAGCUGACUGUGACCUGGGAACUCAAAGUGUGAUAGCGUUUGCCAUUAUGCUGAACAACAACAAGAGCCUUUGUUCUGUCAACGUCAGCCGACCCCUGCUUUUCAGUCAGCAGGACGAGACAGCAGUGCACAUGUCCCGCAUGCUGGUGAUCAACCAGACCCUCCGGGAGCUCCACCUGGGGAAGAUGGGAAUGUCUGACUUUGGUGUGGAGAGGCUGACAGAGGCCCUUGGGACUAACAACAGCCUGCGAUACCUGGACCUGCGCUGUAACCGCGUGAGCCGUGACGGGGCGAAGUGUCUCGCCGAGCUCCUGAAGCGGAACGCUACUUUGGAGAUCCUCGAUCUGUCCUCCAAUCGUAUCGAAGACGACGGAGCCAUCUACCUGAGCGAGGCUGUGGCUCUGCCCGGCUGCAGCCUGAGAGCGCUGUCCAUUCCCAGUAACAACAUUGGCAGUGAGGGUCUCGUGGCUCUGGCUCAUGCCAUGCACAGCAAUAGCACCCUGACACACAUCUAUAUCUGGGGCAACCACUUACACCCGCCUGUCUGUCAGGCGUUCAACAGUCUGAUAGCCAGUGGACGCUUAGCGGCGGCCCACACUGAUGUGAGUGUGUACGAGGUGGACGGGCGGCUGUGUCUGGCUGAGGUUUUCCACGGUCUGAGGAGACACUACUACUGGACGCCCAGCUACGGCCUGGACGGAGACCCGGCCAGCAACUCUGCCCUCGCUCUCACAGGAGGAACGAGCCCUGACCCAGCCAGGACCCUGGUCCUUCCACGCUCCGACGUUCAGCCAGCGCCCCCCUUGGCCCCACAGCUUGUACUGAGUCCUAACAGACUGUGACACAACUUUUACAACCU